CACAUGGCAUCAUAAACAUAACCUCCAAGUGAACCGCGUUACUAUUAUUAAACACGCUACUUCAGAUAAACAAUUACGAGAAGCUUUUAUAAUAAUUGACACGUACAACUUUAAAUAGAAAUAAUGUUACGAAGACAAGCACGAUUGCGUCGAGAAUAUCUCUAUCGGAAAUCCGUGCAGGAGAAGGUAAAAGCUAUUCAAGACAAGAAGGAUAAGGUGAAGCAUAGCUUGGAAGAAAACGUAGUAAUCCAUCCGGAUCUCAGAAAAAAUGCAUUGCAUAUACAAAGAAAAAUCGAAUGGGAAGAUGCUGGACCGGAGAUGGCAGUAGCUAUGGGUACAGAGAUGGGUGGCACCGUGGCCAACCAUGAGGACGACGAGUAUCGUUGGGCUGGCGUAGAGGAUCCGAAGAUCGUCAUCACGACAUCCCGCGACCCGAGUUCCCGACUAAAGAUGUUCGUCAAAGAGCUACGUCUGAUAUUUCCAAACUCACAGCGAAUGAAUCGUGGUAAUUAUGAAAUGAAGCAAUUAAUCCAUGCUUGCCGCGCUAACGAUGUUACGGACUUCAUUAUCGUGCACGAACACCGAGGUAAUCCUGACGCUAUAAUAAUAUGUCACCUGCCAUAUGGACCAACAGCUUAUUUCACAUUAUCCGGAGUCAUAAUGCGACAUGAUAUACCUGAUAUUGGCACAAUGUCAGAGCAGUAUCCUCAUUUAAUCUUCCAUAACUUCAAGACAAAACUGGGAGAGAGAGUGAUGAGUAUAUUGAAGUAUCUGUUCCCUGUACCAAAGGAAGAUAGUAAGAGAGUGAUUAGUUUUGCUAAUCAUGAUGAUUACAUAUGUUUCCGACAUCAUACUUACAAGACUCAGGGAAAGAAUGUCGAAUUGACAGAGAUUGGACCACGUUUCCAAAUGAAAUUGUAUAAGAUCAACUUAGGAACUCUGGAUACUGAAUCAGCAGCUGAUUCAGAAUGGGUCCUGAAACCUUAUAUGAGAACAAGUUACAAAAGGAGGUAUUUAUCCGAUGAAGAUGGCUGGCAGCAAGAAGACACUAUGUAAUGUUAUUGUAAUAAUUAAUUGGAAAUGUUUUGUUAUAUCUAGUAUUUAAUUAUGAUAAAUUUUAUAAAGUUACAUUAAUAUUUCCAUAAAUAAUAAGUUUUUUCCUUACUGUACAAAUUACAUAGAUAUACAAUAAGA